UGGCUGUCUGGCUGAUCAGCUAUCUAUCAGUCGUCGUCUAUCACUAUUGACUCGCGCACAACCUUAAGGAUCCCCUCUCCCUCCCCAUCCAGCCCAAGCACCCCAUUCUGUCCUCCUUUCGUCAGGUCGAUCACUUCCAGCGGAGCAGGAACACCCACACCCACACCCACACCACUACCCGCACCCGCAUCGGCCGCACCUCCACGUGGCUCGUCUUGUGGUGGGCCGACACCAGCACCAGCCGCAGCACCACUACUCCCUCCCUGCUGGCUGUCUGACCACUCGGCAGCAGCGGCUGCUGCUGCUGCAGCAACGGCCGGCUGUCCCGUGCCCUUGCCCCCCUCCCUCACUGAGUACGGCUCAAAUCGAUGCUUCGGCCCUCCUCGAGAGGGGCGGGAGGGUAUGUCGUGCGUAUGGGACGGGGGAUGGAGUGGCGGCGGGGGCGCGGGGGUCUCCGGGUCGGGAGAGGCCGACCGUUCCCCAACGAGCAUCUCGUCCGCCGCCGCCAUGUGACCACCACCGUGACUGACACAAGACAUCACCCACGCAUAUGUGCACCAUCGACCCUCUCUCCCCUUCCCAUUGUCGUCGUGCUGUACCUGUUGGCCGGCUCAGCCAUCGGGUCAUCAUCGUGGUCGACGUCUAGGUCGAUGUCCCGAGCAUUGUCGACCUCCAUGUCAGGAGCACUGCCGGCAGGGGACUCUUCCACAGCAACAUCGGCAGGUCCGUCGCUGGCCGGGUCGGGAGGCUCUGCGUAGCCAUGGGCGGGGAAGGGGUGAGCGGCGGGGAAGGGGGAGGGGGAGGGGGUGGGGGACUGCUCGCGGUUCCUACCAGACUUGGCUGACACAACUACACACGAACGGCGGAGGGUAGAAUGAUUGCGUGGUCCUUCUCUUGCGUACCGGUGGCCAGCUGUAGCUGGAGAGCUGCUAUCUCCUCCGUCAGAGAUGAGACCACCAUGUCGUGCUGCACCUUCAGCUGACGGACCUGAAACACAGAGGCACGGGUGUGCGUGUGGGUGUGAGUGUGAGUGUAGCUUACCUCCUGUUUGGCCUUCCUCUCCCCGCUGGCGAAGCGCAACGCCAAGGUAGCCCAAUACUUGUCACCGUAGUCUACAAGCAGCUCCUGCAGAAAGACAUACGUCGACAAACGCAUUGUGAAUGUGUGUGUCUGUCUGUCUGUCUGUCUGUCUGUGCGUUGCGAGUGUGUACCUCUCCUGGUAAUAUGUCCCGGAUGGCGAUGUGGCACAUGUAGGGGAUGCCCCACAGCGAUACCUGGUGCGCCACCACGUUGACUUCCUUGCCUGUCCACCGUGCAUCGUUCAUCAUGCCUGCACCCAUUCCACACCACACCACACACGAAGGGCGCGUAUUGGUAUGGUAUGCUUGUGCGUGUCGUAUCGUCGCGCAUCGCUCACCGCUGUGGUUGCGCAGCGGCUUGCCAUCGAAGACAAACUGGGCAUCCUCCUCGCCGGCAUCGUCACCUCCGCGGCCUUUCCUGCCCGCCGACACCGUGUACGUGUAUCGGUCGUCGUCGAGAUCGCGGUCAGUGCUCACAAGCAAGUUGCCGUACAUGCCUGUGGCACACACACACACACCACACACAACACACACGCUGAUCUUUCCUCCCCUCAUCCAUCCAUCGUCCCUCCCUGCGCACCGGUCACUUCAAACCGACUGAUCUUCUUCCUGCAGCACACGGCCAUGUAGGUCGGCACGUCCUGUGGAGGGCACACAAACACAUUGCCGUGAGGGAUGCACUUGCAAUGCAGUGAGGUGCAUCCACCAUGUGUCUGUAUACCUCUGAAUACGCCGGAUGCUCCAGAUCUGUGAUCUCCUGCGUCACGAUGCAGUCCUCCUCCCUCACUAGCGCCUCUACUAUGCCCUUCCUCAGGCCCGAUAAGGUCAUGCCCUCCAGAUCAUCUGCCAGUUCUUUCCGCUGCGUGGCCAUGAUGUUGAGGUUCUCCACCAGCUCCUGGCGGACGGCAGGGGUGUUGUCCAGGGGCAGAGGGAUGCCUCUACACUUCAGGUGGCCGAAUUGGACCUCAACCAGGAACGGGCAGUUGUUGCUCUUGAACUCCUUAUCGGGCUGCGACCCCUUGAGAAGCCACGUGCCGUCGGCAAAGUGGACCCCUUCGGGCCAUGCAUGGUUGCCAACGGGGGUGCGAUGCAUUCCAUGCUGAGCUUCGCAAAAC